CCCCUUUUAGUAAUUUCAGAGACACUUGUCCGUUUUCAAUAAAAGUUUCUAAAGAUAAAGAUGAUAAGAGUUGAAAGAUUUGAUCAUUCUCCACCGUUUAGUUCGAACACCAGCUAGUCAACUGUGUAAGCUUCACCGUCUCUAAAUCGGCAAAAGUGUUUUUCUGUUAAAGAAGAAAAUGGCAGCAUCAACAGGAGGUAAAGCCAAGUACAUAAUCGGUGCUCUCAUCGGCUCUUUCGGAAUCUCAUACCUCUUUGACAAACUUAUCUCUGAUAAUAAGAUCUUUGGAGGCAAUACUCCAGGAACAGUCUCCAACAAGGAAUGGUGGAAGGCGACAGAUGAGAAGUUCCAAGCUUGGCCAAGAACCGCUGGCCCUCCCGUCGUCAUGAAUCCCAUCAGCCGUCAGAAUUUCAUCGUCAAGUCUCGUCCAGAAUAAAAGGAAAGAUCAAUGCUUUCUUUGGGUUGUAAGCGUAAGAUGAAUGAGAAUAAUGAUAUGAUGUUUCUAAACCAAACCGAACUUGUACUAAAUAAUGUCACAACACCGUUUGUGGAACCAAACUCCACUGUCUA